AUGUCCACUGCUCUGUCGGAAAAGGUCCUUCGAUGGGCCAGCUCGCACCCUGCCCUGACCGGCUUCUUCACCCUCGUCCUCGUAGCCACGCUCUACCUCGGAUGGAAGGAAGCUUCCAGAGGUCCGUCUAUCUGGGCGAACCUGCCAGGCCCCAAGCGCACCUCUUUCCUCCUCGGAUACUCUCGUGAUUCCAAGAAAAAGUUCGGCGUCAAGAACCCCAAAGGAGAAGACCGCAAACCCAUCAUUGGCGAUGACGGAGCCGACAUGACCGACACACCGGGCGUCUCGACCGCACGUCUGUACGACGAGUACGGAUGCGACCACCUGAUCUUCCCGCGUCCGCUUGGAGGCGAUCUGCUCCUCACCAGAGACGCAGCGACCAUGAACCACAUCCUGAACGACAGCUACAACUACCAGCGCAGCGCGGCGGGCACCAAGGCGACCAAGGUUAUCAUUGGUAAUGGUGUGGUCGCGGUGUUUGGGGAUGAGCACAAGAAGCAGCGCAAGAUGCUGGCGCCUGCGUUCAGCGUCGACUCGCUCAAGGCGCUCAUGCCCAUCUUCACGGAUGCGACCAACAAGAUGAUGACCCGCUUCGAACAGGACACCUCGCUCGAGGAACGGUGGGGGAAGGGCGUCAAGGAUUCCGUCAAGUGGUUCGGACGUGUUACGCUCGACAUCAUCGGCCACGCUGGAUUCGACUACGACUUUGGCGCAGUUGAACAGGGCCCGAACGGGCUGGCGGUGCGAUCUACGUUCCACGACGCCAUGACGUCGACGAUGAACGUUUCACCCGUCGAUGCCGUCGUCGGAGCGUUUAUGUUUUUCGUCGUGCCUUCGCUGCUCUACAUCCUGCCCUUGACGGAAAAUGUGCGAAAGAUGCGCGAGAUGCGGAACGAACUGAUCAAAGUCUCGCAGAAGAUCGUACAGGCCAAAGCCAAGCAGAUCCGCAAGGAGCUUGAAGCCGGAGUCGACGCCAAAGAGACGUUUGCAGGGAAGAAGGACAUCCUGCACCUGCUGAUGCGCGCCAACAUGUCGCCCGAGAUUCGACCCGAGGACCGUCUUUCAGACGAUGUUCUGGCGGGCCAAAUCGUCACGUUUAUCUUUGCGGGCCACGAGACGACCGCCACAACGAUGAGCUGGUGCACCUUCUUCCUCGCUCUCAACCUGGAACACCAGAAGAAGCUACGUGCAAGCAUCCAAAGCGCACUCCGAGAGCUAGGCAAAGACGGCGAGUCGAUCGAAGAGCUCACGUGGUCCGACCUGAACAGCGAAGCUAUGCGCCCGCUGGACCAGUGCAUCCAAGAAACUCUCCGCUUGCGUCCUCCCGUCACGACCACCUUCCGCUACGCCACCAAGGACGACCAGCUCCCCCUAACCACCCCGCUCAAAACCAAAGACGGACGAACACUCACCUCGAUCCCCAUCACCGCGGGCAAGGAAGUCGCUAUCUCGGUCACCGGCAACAACAUGGAUCCGAAAUACUUUGGCCCUGACACGCACCUCUUUCAACCGGACCGCUGGAACCACUUGCCCGAGCUGCACGCCAAGUCCAAGUUGCCCUCGCCCUACGGCUCGUUUGUGUUCAACGGCGGGCCCAAGGUGUGCAUCGGCAGCAAAUUCGCCAUGACCGAGAUGAAGAUCAUCCUGAUUAGGGUGUUGGCGCAGUACAGGAUCGAGCCCGUGGAAGGGUUGAAGUAUAAGAGCAUAGAGGCGGUGGUGCAGAGACCGGCUGUAAUUGGGUUCGAGAAGGAGGGAAGCCAAUUGCCUCUGCGCUUUGUCAAUGACCCGCUCUAG